AAUGAUUCAAUGCGUACCCACCAUACCUACUCGUACCAUCCAUUAGGAGAAACGUUGCCUCCUAAGCGACGUAGUACAAAGUCCCCCAAGUUCCGAGUGGAAGGCUUCAUUUCAGCCUCGCAAACAACCAACCAAUAACUGAACCACUUCCCAGGGGCGAGACUUAUUAUUACCUACAUAUGGCUUACGAGUAGAGUACCCCUACCUCGCCCUAUCUACCUACUUCUUGACGUUCAGACCAACACCCGCCCGACAUCUCCUCACUAACAUCCCACCAAAUAAGUACAAGGGACCAAGUACCAUUCUUCAUAACCCCUCAAUCGCCAAGUCUAUUCCUCGAAAUCUGUCGAUAAUCUAUGCAAAGGGAAGAUCGCAAUAUUCCCACUCGAAUGUUUCAGAGCAGUUGAAGCAGGAAGCAGCACAAUGAGCUAUACACACCACCAAACCCCGACGUCAUCCUCAGGAACAUCUACACCCUCUGGUAACGGUGGCCUCUCCUCCUCAUGGACAUUUCCUCAGCCCCUCUCUAAUGCCGUUGGUGGGCUGCUGCGGCGUUUUGCUUCUGAUCCUCCACACAAAAACCAAUCGUCGUCGUAUUCUCCAACAUUUCCCAAAAUAGAUCAGAACGGCGAAGGGGCAGAUGGUGUAUACACACCCCCGUAUCGAACAGCAUCACCUUUCCAACCACCGCCUCUAUAUCCUGUGAAUUUGUCCGGGUACAAGGCGGGUACAUCGGAAAGUGCAAGGUUGUUAAAUAAGGCGUUGGCAGAAGAAAUCAGGUUACUCGUUCCUCCCAGGCUACAACUAGUUGAGGAAUGGAAGUUGGUAUAUUGUUUAGAGGAGGAUGGUGUUAGUCUGGGUACUUUAUAUAAAAAGGCUGAUGAAUUGCGGGGCCUGAGAAAUGGAUUUGUCUUGGUGGUUAAAGACGGCGAUGGAGGGGUAAGUUUAUAUUAUUUUUACCAGCGCCCGAAGAAAAGAAUUCAAGCUGACUCCAAUUUCGAUAUAGUUAUUCGGUGCCUAUCUGACAGAAGCUCCCCAUCCUAAUCCUCACUAUUUCGGAACAGGCGAAUGUUUUCUCUGGCGUGCUUCGAUUAUCAGCCCAGCAUCCACUGCUUUUGUCUCUACUCUCCCUCCACCACCAUCCGCCGACACCACAAAUGCAACACGCACAACCACAAUUUCCGCUCCUCCCAUGUCGCCUACAAAUCUACUCCUACCCUCCCCGCUCUCAGCUGGUGCCUCGACGCCCGAACGUUUACGAUUCAAAGCAUUCCCGUAUAGUGGUGUAAAUGAUUAUUUGAUGUUUUGCGAGACGGGCUUUUUGAGCGUAGGAGGUGGAGAUGGCCAUUAUGGACUGUGGUUAGAUGACAAUUUCGAAAGGGGAAUCAGUAGCUCGUGUCCAACUUUUGGCAACGAGCCUCUGAGUGAGGAGGGGCAGAAGUUCGAUAUAGUGGGGGUGGAGCUGUGGAGCGUAGGGAAUUGAACGCAUUUCUCGGUGGUGGUAUUCGAGGAGCAUGGUGGAUAGGGUAGUGUGUGUCUUCAAAUCACACACAUGCCCAAGGGAAAACAGAACAUCUACGGUCUAGGUGGAGCGCGAUGUGGAAUAUGUGAUACCCGUUAUAACGUUGUUUCUGCUUUAUCAGCGUUUGGAGGGAAAUUUGGAAUAUUAUGGUGUAAUCGGCAUUGCUUUCAGGGAGCGAAAAUCAUAGACAAAGGCAGGAGUUAAUUCAAAAUAUGCAUGGUCACAGUUU